UGUUCUUCGAAAGUUAAAAAAAAAAUGAUAUGGUGAAGGGGGGAAUUAUAAUGUCUCUAUAUAAAUGAACUAUUUUUUCUGCGUAAUAACACCAGUCAUAAUAUACGUCUUACUAAACGUAAUAAUAGUCAAAAUGGUUCUAUCCAUGGAUCGUUGGAUUGGAAAAGUGGCAAUAGUUACCGGUGCCGGUGCUGGAAUGGGAGCAGCCAUAAGCAGAGCGCUUGUUGAACAUGGAUUACAGGUAGUCGGUCUAGACAACAGAGAAGAAAAAAUUGAUGACCUCUCGCAACAACUCAUCGGAAAAAAAGGAAAGCUCCACCCUGUCAGGGCAGAUUUGACCAAAGAAGAGGACAUCUUAGAAGCGUUCAAAUGGGUAAAGGACAACCUAGGACCUGUACACAUUCUGAUCAAUAACGCUGGUGCUCUUAAACUGGGCAAUCUUUCAGAUGGAGAUACGCAAUCGUGGAAGCAAAUGUUGGACGUAAACGUGCUUGGACUUUGCAUAGCUACUAGAGAAGCAGUAAAAAGUAUGAAAGAAAACAGUGCCGACGGGCACAUAAUCCAUAUAAACAGCAUUGCUGGGCAUAAGGUCUCUAAUGUGCCUUGUCUAAAUAUCUAUCCGGCUACGAAGUUCGCUGUGACGGCUCUGACGGAGUCUUUGAGGUUGGAAUUGAAUUCGGUGGAACCUAAGAUCAAAAUUACGAGCAUCAGUCCUGGUGCGACGAAAACCGAAAUAUUAAAAACCGACAGUGACCACCGGAAUAAUCCUCAACCCCUGAAAGGUUUUAAAAUACUCCUGCAGGCUGAAGACAUAGCAGACGCAGUUACAUACGUUUUAUCCACACCACCUCACGUACAGAUCCACGAACUGACUAUAAAACCAAUAAAGGAGGAAUAUUAAAAAUAUUUAUGUAAUACACAGCCGCUGCACAUUUUUGCUAAUAAAAUAAAAUUAAUUUGUCAAUGUUGUUGUUAAAUACUUUAAUACACUUAUUAUAAAGUCAUACCAGUUAUUAUUUUAAUA